CUUCCGGGGUGAGUUUAGCUAGAGGUAAACAAACAUGCGGUUAUGACAUUGAAACGUUUUAUUAGUGUUCAGCAGCUUUUCAUUAGUUUCUUUGCAGUACAGAUUAGCUCUUCAACAAGUUUUGAAGCUCAAGUUUAAGGCAGCGAAGGAUGGCUUUUCCAUGUGUGCGGCUGUGCAGUCGACACGUCAACGCAGGCCUUCAAAUCUGUAGUUACGCAACAGUCAGCAAAGCAUCCAGACCACAGGAGAAGAGCAGCAGUGGUCCAGUUUUUCAGUAUGUUGGCCAGCACAAAAAGCCAACCCACAAAGUGUUUGUGUGGGGCUUCAGCUUCACCGGGGCGCUGGGCAUCCCCAGCUUUGUAGUGCCGGACAGUGGCAGGAAAAAGCCUCGCAAAUACCAGCUCACUCCUUACCGCCUGGAGACCGCCGAGCAGAUCUCUUCUGCUGCUUGCGGUUAUGGCUUCAGUCUCAUCGCGUCCUCGACCAAAGAUGCGUCCAAGCUCUGGGGAAUGGGCCUGAACAAGGACUCUCAGCUGGGCUUCCUGCGCACCCAGCACAGCCGCCAUCAGAGCUACGACUACGUUCUGGAGCCGUCCCCGGUGGCGCUGCCUCUCAUCGAGCCUCUGCAGACCAGAGUGGUUCAGGUUGCAUGUGGCCGGGCUCACUCCCUUGUCCUCACCGACCGAGAGGGAGUUUUCAGUAUGGGAAAUAAUGCAUACGGUCAGUGUGGAAGACGGAUAGUUGAAGACGAAAUCUACAGCGGCAGCCACAUCAUUCACAAGAUGGAGGGCUUCGGCAGCAGGGUCGUACAGGUGGCGUGCGGUCAGGACCACAGCCUGUUCCUCACCGAGACGGGGAAAGUGUUCGCCUGUGGAUGGGGCGCAGAUGGACAGACGGGUCUGGGGCACCACAACAUCAGCUCCUGUCCGGUGGAGGUGGGAGGAGAUCUGUCCGGGGUGGAGGUGCAGCAGAUCAGCACAUAUGGAGACUGUAGCCUGGCUGUCUCCAGAGACGGACAGCUGUAUGGAUGGGGGAACUCCGAAUACCGACAGCUGGCCUCGGUCACUGAGGCCACACAGAUCAACUCUCCUCGUCAUCUUCCUCUGAAAGGCUAUGGGAAGGUGGUCCAGGCAGCGUGUGGAGGCACACAGGUGGCUGUUCUCAACGAAAAAGGAGAGGUGUUUGUAUGGGGUUAUGGCAUUCUGGGAAAAGGUCCAAAUCUGUCAGAAUCUUCCACCCCAGAGAUGAUUCCCUCGACGCUGUUCGGACGCUCGGAGUUCAACCCCUCAGUCUCUGUGACCAGGAUCAGGUGUGGCCUCAGUCACUUUGCUGCAGUGACAGAUCGAGGCGAGCUCUUCGUUUGGGGGAAGAACGUGAGAGGUUGUUUGGGCAUUGGGAAGAGAGACGACCAGUACUUCCCCUGGCGAGUGACUGUGCCGGGGCAGGUGGUGGACGUAGCUUGCGGUGUUGACCACAUGGUGGCGCUGGCGAAGUCUCUGCUGUGAAGCUCCUGUCCUCCCCCCAACCCCACCCCCGGCAGUGGAUGAAAGGCUGGAUGUUUGGCCGAGCCCUCGGCUGACCUCCGGGCGCCUCGGGGAGCCGAUUGGGGGCCGCUCCGGAGUCUUGAAGCCAGCUGCUCUCCACAGGCGGCGGCCCUCGAGUCCUGUGGUUGAACCGUGACGUCAAGCCGAGAGCAGAGCAGUCGAUGCUGCAGUAACCCGUAGCUGACAGAGCUGCCUCUAUCCUGCAUGAAGGUCAUAGAGGAAAGACACCUAAAGAUAGUUUUACUACAUCUGGAGCUGAUCAAUUAAUAGAUUUCUUUGUUAUUUUGUCAGUUGAUUGCUUGUUUAAAGCCACUUUUCAAGCAAAACUAUGACAAACUUUGAAUAUUCUCUAGUGGCGGCUUCACCAAUGUGAGGAUUCGCCGUUGUUCUGUGUUUUUAUAUCACCACAAACUACAAAGCUUUGUUUUCUUGGACAAAACAAGACAAAACUUUCUCCAUAUUUUGGAGACUAAACUGUUAGUCUUCACAGCACUGUAAUUUUGUUUUCUUCUUUUUUUUAUUUAUUUUUUUACAUUUUUUUAUUUCCAUCACUUACAUUGUAGGCUUCAGAGUGCAAUUUAACUGACAGAAAUGAUGGUCGAAUCCAUAAAAUUAAACCAAAGCUUUCUUCCAGGAAACACA